AGCCGUGUUCCGUAAACCUUUGUUAGAGGUAGAGUUAAUACUCUGUUCAGAUACACUCAACCUAAACCAUCAGCAGUAACGCUUUAUUAUUGUGUAAAGAUGGAUAGCGAUACACUCUCACGCACAUUUUCUGUGCCGGAUUUUAUUGUUUUCGGACUACUGAUACUUGUUUCUGUGGCAAUCGGAAUUUUCUUUGCGUUUCGGGAUAAAAAGCAUAACACGACUGAAAAUUAUUUUCUCGGGAACAGAAAAUUGAGAUCGCUGCCUGUCGGGUUAUCUUUUGUAGUCACGUUCCAAUCGUCUAUAUUGAUACUAGGAUUUCCGGCAGAAGCCUACGCAUACGGUUUGCAGUAUGCAAUGCAAUGUGUUGGUGUGAUAUGCGGCUAUCUACUGGCUGCAUUCAUUGUCGUUCCAAUUUUCCAUCCACUGAAAGUAACAAGUGUUUACGAAUACUACUAUUUACGUUACAAGACAAACUCUGUACGUUACGUCGCUGUUACGUUAGGUGUAAUUCAUUAUACUUUUUAUAUGGGAAUCGUAAUGUACGGAACAGCAUUAGCAUUGGAGUCGGUUGCCAAGCUACCUAUGUGGUCGUCAAUUCUCAUUUUCUCGACGGCGGCCAUCAUCUAUACUUCAAUUGGAGGAUUCAAAGCUGUCAUAUGGACUGAUGUUUUCCAGUCACUCGUUAUGCUCAUCGGCAUUCUAGCAGUGCUCUUCAAAAGUACAAUCGACGCCGGAGGAUUUGGAAACAUUUUCAAACUGAGUGAAAGUCGCCUGAACAUGCUUGACUUCAACCCAGAUCCAACUGUACGACAUACCUUUUGGACACUUGUUUUUGGUGCCCCUUCGCAGUUUUUCUACUUGGCUAUUACACAGGCCGGGAUUCAGAGAAUAAAUUCGACACCAAGUAUUGGAGCUGCUCGAAAACUGUUUUACAUCGCAGCACCUAUAUAUUCAUUUACCUGGAUUUUAGUCUUGAUUCAAGGUCUUGCAAUUUUCGCGUACUUUUCCAAUAAGGGCUGCGAUCCAUUAGCGUCGGGGCAAGUCAAAAAUCUAAAUCAAAUAAUACCGUUUACCAUGUUGGAGCUUUUCCACGAGUAUCCAGGCCUCCCGGGACUAUUUAUAGCGGCUUUAGCUGCAGCUUCACUUAGCACUAUUUCCUCAGGUUUAAGUAGUCUUUCUGCAGUAACGUACGAGGAUUUUAUCAAAGUGUUUUUCAAAAAUAUCAAAGAUCAAACUGGGACCAACAUAUCUAAAGUAGUUGUAGUAGUGUAUGGUCUGAUAUCAGUAGGCUUUGCAUUCCUGCUUUCGAAUGUAGAGGGUCCACUAGGGCAGAUAAUGGCUAGCUUCAUGGGCGCCAUUAGUGGUCCGGAAGUUGGACUCUUCCUUAUUUCUGUGUUUUUCCGCAGAGCGCAAGCUAAAGCAGUAGUUGCCGCAACAUUAACAGGGAUGGGAUUUGUUUUAUGGAUAAUCAUGGGUCAAAACUUCUCGGCAACAGUUCCGAAAGCGCCAUAUCUGCCCCUUGGUCCUACUGACCAAUGUCCUUUGUUAGAAAUGGAAAACAAUUCAACUGUUACCUAUUCUGAAAAUCAAACUCUCGCUCACUUUGGGACACUCAUCACAAAUGUAACCGCAGAUCCGAAUAAUGUUAAAACAGUUCAUGAAUCCUCUCGAACUGGGCUUCAGACAUUUUAUUCUAUCUCUUACAUGUAUUUCAAUUUAAUCGGUUGUCUAACAGUAAUUACUGUUGGUGUUAUCGUAAGCUUACUUUCUCAGCCAGAAGUACCGGAACCAGUUAGCGAGAAAACAGUACUUCCGCUGUCGAUAUUUGUUCCUUCAUGUUUGAAGAGCAGAUGUCUCACAUACUCAUCAGUUGAGUUGUCAGAUUUAAACGAACGCGAGGUGACGAUUGAAAUGGAAAAUGGAAAGGCACAUAGAGAUAGAACGGUAUAAUCUCACAUAUAAGUAUCACAUGACUAUUAAUUUGAUAAUGUCUUCAGCUACAGUAGCACUUGUAGACAAAUCUUUGAAUCAUUUUAGUGUUCAUGAUUUUGUCUCGCCUGACCUAACUUUGAUCAGACUGAGUUAUUAAUAAAGGUGUAUGGUCCGGCGUUCGUCGUCCAUCGUACUGCGUUAAGAUUUUACUUAAACACCUACCCAGAUGCUACUGGUCAGAAUUACACCAAACUUGGAGGAACCGCUUGGUGGAUCUUCAUAAAACUUGUUCUGUAGCAUCUUUAUGGGGGCACUUGGUCCCGUCUAAGGGCCGGUAAAACUAAAGUUAUAAAUACCUUUAGACGUUGUUUGUAACAUCACUGUAUGGUUCUUUCCCAAUCUGGUUCAAAUGGGGUCGAUUGGCCCCUUUUAGAGUCUUUCGGAGCUAGAAUUAGAAGUGCCUUCAAAUGAAGCCUUCUCAUAAACCAGUGGAUGGAGCAUCAUCAAACUUGAUUUUUAGCAUCAUUAUAAGGUCUUCAGAUUACGGGCAAAUGCUGCUGGAGUUAAAAAUAGAAAUAUCUUCUUAGACUUCUUCUCAUAAACCACUUGAUGGAUCUUUAUUAAAUCUAGUCAAGUGUCUAAUCGAUUAGAACCACUUGGCCCCUUAUAUGGGUCACUUGAGCUAAAAUACGAAAUACCUUUAAACGACUUCUUCACAUGAACCGCUUGAUGGAUCUUUAUCAAACUUGAAUUAAAAACAGAAAUACCUUUAACUAACUUCUCAUUAACUCCUGGAUGGGCCUCGUCGAAACUUGUCUAGAGCAUAAUUAUAAGGUCCUUUACCAUGUUUAUUCAGUUGGGGUCACUAUGAGCUAGAGCUUAAACUAGAAUUACCUUUAAAGUUCUUCUCAUGAACCGCUCAAUGGAUCGUCAUCAAAUAUGGCCUGCAUCAUCAUUAUUGGUAUUAUGCCAUGGA